AUGUAUAUCUGUUUAGCUGCUAGCGUAGCUGUUGAUGAAAUAUCCGAAAAUCAUCGUAAGGACGCUAAACUUGUGUUCAUUAUAUUCUCUGAUGGCGGUAUUCGAAACUGCUCCAACAGCACUAAAAAUACUAUUAAAAAACUACACAGUUUUGCAGCAGAUAUAUACGUCGUUUUUACAUCUGAUAAAAACGUUCAUUCUGAACUGCUUAGAUACACUGCAAAUGAGAGUCGCGUUAUACCAAAUGAUUUAACAGCUGUCUUAGAAUUGGUUAAGAUAAAUCCUUGCUCGACCUCAAAAACGGAAAUGAAUGACUCCUUCGUUGUGUUUCAAAAAGGAGAAAAAGGUAACAGAGUAACAGAAACCGAAAAAAAUAAGGAAUUUGAAAACGAAAAAAGCAUUUUACCUAUGGCUUCAUCUACAUUAGAAACUGUUACUAUGGAAUCUUCAACAUCAAGUGUGAUUGUUGACCCAAAUUGUCUAGUAGACUUGAUGUUUAUAAUCGAUCGUUCACAAAGCGUAGAAAAAGAAUUUCAAGAUCAACUGAAGUUUGCCAUUGAAAUGGUCAAAAGAAUUGGUCAUGGCGACUUGAUGGAUCGAGUCAGGGUUGGUGUAGUGUCGUUUGCACGUGCGCCUAAACUGGAAUUUUCGUUCGGCGAAUACAACAAUGGAUCUCAAGUUGUACAAGCUCUUUCGGACCUAAAGCAUACAGGAGGCAGUACGUCAGUUGUUAAGGCAGUCAAUCUUGCUGUAAGUGAAAUUCAAAAUGCAGCCAGAAAAAAUGCAAGGUUAAUGGUAGUUUUAAUAUCUGAUGGCAAUAGCCAAGAUCCAUGGGCUGACGUGAUAUCUGCAGCUGAUCGUCUUCACAACACCAAUGCGGAUGUUUAUGCGGUUACUGUCAGCCAUGAUUACUUCUUUCGUGAGUUGGAAUUAUACGCUGGAAAUAAGUGGUUUGUUUAUAUUGACGCCAGAGUUCGUCAGUUUUUAGAACAGGUCGAAGUAUCGGUAGCUCGUUGUGAAAAACCGGACAUUCCAACAGAUCCCGACUCAAAGGUAGUCGUAAAAACGAAGUUUAUUCCGGAUAAUGCAAGUUAUUACUUGCAGAGUGAAACCGAAAAGAUUGAAACAGAGGAAAAACCAAUUUUUACGACUUCAACAACUUUUGAUCCAGUUACAAAGGAAAACACUUAUCCCCCUGAAUGCUUAAAUGAUCCUGUUGACAUUCUUUUCAUUUUGGACACCUCAUCAAGUAUUGAAGACGAAUUUUAUGCAGAAAAGAACUUUGCACUGGACCUUGUGAAGGCGAUUCCUGAUGCAACACUGGAGAACAGGAUUUCUGUUGGUCUUAUAAGAUUCGCUGGUUCAGCAAAAGUACAAUUCCGACUUGGUCGUUUACGAACUAAGAGCGAUAUUCUUUAUGAUCUUGAAAGAGUUGAGUAUACGUCUGGGAAAACUUCUUUGGUUGCUGGUACCAAUGAAGCUCUUAAGGAGAUUGCCCAACACCAUCGAGCAAACGCACGACUUGUUGUCAUUUUCAUAACUGACGGAAAUAGCCAAGAUCAGUGGUCUAUUGUUCAGUCUACUGCAGGAAAAUUGCAUGGAAGUGGAGGAGAAAUAUACGCUGUGACGCUUUCAAAAAAAUUUUCAAUGGAUGAAUUAAAGGAAUACACUCACAAUGAAGCAAAUAUCUAUGUUAAUGGUCGCAUUUCCAAGUUUAUUGAAGAAGUUAGUGCUUCUGUUCUGGACUGUAAAGAAUCGCCUCUAAAAGAGCCGGCUAGCUCGACUACGACACCAGAACCUAGCGAGGCAGUUGACGGAAGCGUUGUCACUUCGGUGUCUACAUUUGUUAACGAAAAAUGCAAAUAUGGGAAAAUGGAUCUUGAGAUAAUCCUCGACGCGUCAACAAGUCGUCAGGAAGUUUUUGAGCGCCAAAGAGAACUUGCUCUUUCGCUUGUCGAACGUUUACCAAUUGAUGUUAACGAGACUCAUGUAGCUGUUGGUAUCAACUCAUUCACUGAAGUACCUACCUUACGACAGACGUUAGGAUUAGGCCGCGACAAGCAGAUGGUACGGCACGCAAUUGAAGAUAUUAAGUACACUGGCGGAAGCACUCUGACUGCAAGUGCUAUUGAGUUGUCUGUAGAUGAUUUGGAAAGCGGCCGAAGACCGGAUGCUAUCCAGGUGGUUGUUCUAAUGAAUGACGGUUUGUCUCAAGAUACUUGGGAUGCUGUUUUGAAAGCAAGCGAAAGGUUAAGAAGUGUAGCACCAGAAAGAUUUGGAGUAGCUCUUGGACAACAUAUUGAUAUGAGAGAGCUUCGUCGAUAUAUUGGAGACGAUGACCGAAUCUAUCGUGAUGACGAGACAGAAAGGUUCCUCAAUGACGUCGUUUCUCUUCUUGCUAAAGGAAAGGACUGUGAAUCCCCAGUACAGAAAUCAACGGCUGAAGUGACACCACUGGCAGACGACUGCGAUUUGCCAAAUCUCGAUGUAGUGGUAGUUUUUGAUAAUUCAGACUCGACCUCCAAUAUGAGCGACCCUUCAAUAAGCCUAAACCGAUUUUUACUGCUCGAUGUUCUUGGAUCGUUGCCUGAUACGUGGGAUUCCGGCAAGCUUAAACUUUCACUCAUAUCAUUCGCUGAUAAACCAAAUUUAACAGUUUCAUUUGCCGAUAAUGAUAGCAGAGAAACCAUUUUUAAAAAAGUUGAAGGUAUAACAGCCCAACACAAACAAGCAAAUUAUGCCAAAGCUGUAAAUUUUGCAGUGAAAGAGUAUGAAAAAGCUCAUCGGCCCGAUGCACGAGGUCUGUUAUUGCUUGUUGGCGACGGUCAUUCUUACGAUACAGCACAGGAACGCGAUUCGAUUAUGACUUUAUUAGAUAAGCAUAUGGAGCUUCUAGUCCUUGCAGUUGACAGUGGCAAGAACCUAGAUAUUGAAAAUUUAGCCAUGUACACCAGUAGCCCUGAAUUGGUGUACGGUUACGAGCGAAACGCUGAGUUUGCAAGAGAUGUUCUAAAGGAGGCUAGUGCACCAGAAAGUUGCGAUAAAAAGGACGAUUCUCUUGCUGCUGGCAGUGACGGAACUCAGAAAGACGUAACCUCAAAAAAUGAUUUAAAAGAAUUUGUAACUAAUAAGGUGAUUACUAAAACUAAAGAAACUGCCAAUGCAGAUUCAAAGAAUAUUGGUAUUAGUAAACAGAAAUCUACUGCAACGACUUCGCAAACAAAACAAACUAAAAAACCAACUCCAACUCAAACUGCCAAGCCCCUAACAACAAAAAGUUCUGUAAAAUCAGCAGUUAAAACUAAAACUUCAUCUCUGAUUACCGUACAACCCAAAACUAGUCGUUUAACCACUCGACCAGCUGUUCAACCUACAGUUAGUCGGUUCAGUAACGCCAUAAACGGAUCUACGGCUAAUCAUUUAACUCCUACCACUGUGAUUCCUAUAACGAGCAUGACAAGAAAAACUACUCAGUUGUACACGGAAGAUACAACACCAUAUGUCCCAGGCUGCAUGUUGGAUGUAAUUAUUAUUAUUGAUGCUUCCGGAUCUGUGCAAGAAACUUUCGAAAGGCAAAAAGAAUUGGCAGCAACAAUUAUUGAACGGCUUCGCAUAAGCGAAAAAAAUGCACACGUCGCUAUCAUAAAAUUUGCUGCUGAAGAGAAAGUUAAAACUGUUUGGUCAUUUAACCGACCGCAGACUAAAAAACUUGUUCUUCGCGCUCUUCAGUCAGUAGUAUUUAGUAGCGGCGUUACAGCAAUUGACAAGGCACUUUUGAAGGCUGUUGAGGAAUACAAUAGUGAAGGCAGACCAGGUGAGGCUACUCCCGUUGGUAUAAUUUUUACUGAUGGUUAUAGUCAACGGGAUACUUCUGAAGCAGCCAGUCAGUUGCGUACAAUUAUUCCCAACAUGUUUGCCAUUGCAAUCAAUCAUCAGUAUCCAAUAAAUCGUGUGGAAUUGGAAAAUAUAACUGGAGAUCCAGAUAAAGUGUUUACGGAUUCAAAUAUAAAUCAGUUACACACGACUAUACAUAAAUAUUCAAGUGGAUGCUAA